AUGGUGCAGAGUAGAGAUGAGGCGUACAUACCGAGGCACGUUCCGAUUCCGGACCCGAUAGAUAUUGUCGAUAUCGCUCGCGAGUACGCGGACCUAGCGCCGCCUCGUCAGACGGUGGCGACAGUUAAUCAUAGACUCAAGUCAGCUGACUUAAAUUUUAUCAUUGGUCUUGUGAUAAGUUGUGAUCUCCGCCAUUCUGGGAUCGCCUUUUCAUUCUUUACUGUCCCUUCA